AUGCUUUCCAGCCCGCCGAUCGAAUGGGCGUCUACACAGCUCAAGGAGCUCUUUAUCCACUCUGUGCGUCAGGGGCCCGUGCCGCAGCACAUCGCCUUCGUCAUGGACGGCAACCGCCGGUUCGCGCGCAAGAACCACAUCGAAACCGCCGAGGGACACAAUAUGGGCUUUGAAGCUCUCGCGAAGGUUGUGUGCUACAAGUCCGGCGUGAAAGUGGUAACGGUCUACGCGUUCAGCAUAGAGAACUUCAAGCGGCCGAUGCACGAGGUGAAUGCGCUCAUGGAGAUUGCCAAGAUCAAGCUGCUGCAGCUGUGUCAACACGGGGAUCUGCUGGAGCGGUACGGUGCCAGUCUGCGGAUCCUCGGCGAGCGGGAACUGGUGCGCCCCGAUGUCUUGGAGGUGAUAGACGAGGCCGUCGAGUUGACGAAAAACAACGACCGCUCGAUCCUGAACGUGUGCUUCCCGUACACCUCGCGGCACGAGAUCGCCUCAUCGAUCCGGGACGUAACCGCGACGCCCGGCCUGACCGAUUUCGAGUCCAUCACGCAGCAAACGCUCGAAGACCACCUGUUCACCGCUGGGUGUCCUCCGCUCGACCUCGUCGUGCGCACUAGUGGCGUGCGCAGGCUGAGCGAUUUCAUGCUGUGGCAGUGCCAUAAGGAUACCGAGAUCGUGUUCAUCGACUGUCUCUGGCCGCAGUUUGAUAUCUGGCGGUUUCUGCCCAUCUUGAUCGACUGGGGCGUGAAGCGCAAGAGGCUCGAGAAGGCGGGGUUGGUGGAAGUCAGGCGUGAGGGGGAUUGGAAAGAUGCCGAGUUGAAUAGCCACCGUCAAAGGGACCUCGACGAGAGGAAGGGAACCAUUGCGAGAGCUACUACGUUUUAA